AUGGCGGAUGUCCACAUCACGGAAGCCAAGCUGACGGAGGCCGCCGAGGCAGGCUUCAACGAAGACGAGAUUGGAGUUGCGAGGUUGGCCUUGAGGAGGUUCGCCAAGAAGGGGGGCCCAGAUGCCAUUCAGGAAAACAUCACGCAUUGCGCCAUCCGGCGCGUCAAGCAAGGCGGGGGCCCGAAUAAGGACGUCCGCCCCCGCGCCGAGACAAUCCUUGAAUGGAAGAGCACCAUCUACCAGUCCGUUGAGGUGAGCACCGAAUAUUUCAUCGUGCCGAAGAAGAAUGCGCAUUUGUGGUGUGGGAGCCCUCAGGCAGUGGAGUGUCUCGUUCCGCCAGAAGACUUCGAGGAAUUGCCGGACAGCGUGGGCCCGACCACGCGCGACAUUUUCGACGAUUGGGCCCCCCGGAACGACCUGGGGCCUGGCGUCCGGAGGAUGAAGGCCGCGGAGGGUGCCACGCGGAAGAGGAAGCCGACUGUUCCUUCGCAGCCUGCCUCCGCGCUGGCGCGGGCGAAUGAGACGCCUGACGAGUGGGCGGCAAAGACACGCAAGCUUUUUCGGAGGCCGAGUGACGCCCACAGGAAAUUGCAGGACGCCAUGGAGGGCAUCGCCAAGGACAUCGACGAGGCGUUCACUUGGGGCAACUUCUCGCAGCCCGACCCCAUGGCACCUUCGGCAGAGUGUUGGUGCAGGAAGUUCAAGGACAACCUCCUCGCCCAGUGGGCGGAGUGGAAGGCGGCCCAUCCAGGCGGCGACGCGGCCUCCACGCAGAAGGAGUUCCACGCCGCCGCCGAUCCUUUCACUCAGGGCCUCCUCGGUUUCAUUGUUCAGAACCUCGUUGCCAGGCCCGCGCGCGAGCACCCCCCUCGCUUCGCCGCGACCCUCAAGGCCAUCAAGGCAGAGUUGCCGUGUUUUGUGGACGCCCUGGGUGACGCGGUGCUGCAACUCGGUGAUCUUCGUCUGGACACGGCAGAGGAGGUGGACACCUCGAGGCUGACAUUGGAAGACAUUGCUGCGCGGCAGACGUCCGCAUUGGUCAAGCAGGUCGUCCGCGAGCGCUGGCUCGCGAAGCUCGACCGCGUCAAGACGACCGCCUGCGCCUCGAUCUCCGACAAACUGAAGGACAUCGACGUGUUGCGCAAGUCCCAGGCCAGAGCUGACGUGCCCAAGGAACGACUGGGCAACCUGGAGGUGGCGAGGGAUCUUCUGGGCCCCGCGUCGAUCGGAGCGAAGAUGAAAUGCCUCCUCCAGGACCCGAAGCGAUUCGAUGCUUGGGCGGAGUGGGCACCGAAGGACCAGGCGUUGUACGGAAAGCCGUUUGCUUCCAAGGAGAACGUUUUCAAGGGCACCAGCGUGAAGGAGUUCCCCCUCGGCGCGCUGCAGAUUCCCCGCGGCGGCGUGGACUGCUCCGAGGACGUGGCCCAGCCGAUCGCGAAGGACAUGGUCGUUGCCUUGAACAAGCAUCUGACGUUCGGCGACGCGCGCGUGGACACGGGCAGUCCGGAGUACGCCAUGGUGAAAGCCGUCUACUGCGAGCUCGUCUGCCUCAAGCUGGGGGCGGAGCCUGAGUCUCCGCCCAUGGAGUGGGCGCCCGAGUCGGCGAAGACGGACCUGGGCAAGCGGUGCUUGAAGAACAUGUCUAAGGUGUUGGGCGCGCAGAUGAAGAAACUGAGCGGCGACAACGCCGGGCGCGCGAAGUCGGAGAUUGAGAUCUUGGAGGCAGCAGAGGCCGCCAAAGCCGAGGCAGACAAGAAGACGGCCGAGGCCGCCGAGGCAGCCAAGGCCGCCGAGGCCGAGGCAGAGCGGGCCAAGGCCGAGGCAGCAGCGGCCGAGGCCGAGGCGAAGAAGGCCGAGGAUGCGGCUGCCGGCGCAGCCUUUCUCGCCGACAAGGAGGCGACCGCGGGCGGCGGCGACUCGGCAGGGGCCGAGCAACCCGAGGCGCAGGACACCGCAGGCGCGGACAAGGCCGGCAGCGGCGCGCCCCCCGCCGCCGCGGCGAAGGCCGAGGGCGGCAGCGCGCAGGCGCCAGGUCGGCAGGGCGCCGGCGCGCCCCCCCCCGCCCGCGCCCUCGCGGUCGGCGACGUGGUCCUCACGUCGAGCGGAACCCACAAGGCCGAGCACGACAAUAAGAAGGCCGAGGUGAUCAAGAUUGGGGCUCGGCCGGUCGUCGAGUUCCUCGAGGGAGGCGCUGUUGGCGAGACCAAGGAGUUCGACAAGUCGAAGCUGACGCUGCUUGACGACGCUCCUGCUGCCAAGCCGACCCCGACGGUCCCGCCAGCAGGCGUGGGUGCUCAGGCUGCUCAUGUUGCGGCAAGGGCGGAGCGGGCGAAGUCAUUCUUCGGGAAGGUCGCCGCGGUUGGGGCGCCGCAGAAGCCCGGGCAG